AUGGCGAAAUUCAAACUGAAGAAGCCUUCAAAACGUCAACCAGCACGUCUUCGCUACAAGAUCGAAAAAAAAGUCAAAGACCACAAUAGAAAAGUAAAGAAGGAGGCUAAAAAACAGCCCAAAUCAAAAAAACACAAACCUAUACAGAUACCAAACGAAUGCCCUUUCAAAGAGGAUAUAUUAAAAGAGGUUGAAGCAGUUAAAAAACAUAAAGAAGAAGAGAAGCAGAAGAGACGAGAACUAAUAAAACUUGAAAAGCAAAAGAAACUUGAAGAAAAGAAAAAUGUUAAUGUAGAUAUGGAUACCCUUGUAGCAAAUGCAGAAGCCAGAGGUAAAGUCCAUGAUGCAUUCAAAUCAAACGAUAAUGUGAGUGAUGAUAUAGGCAAAGACAGACAGCAAGAGAAUUCUUUGAAAACAUACUACAGGGAGUUUAAGAGGGUUAUAACCGAAGCAGAGGUGAUAUUGGAAGUUGUUGAUGCUAGGGAUCCUUUAGGUACCAGAUGUACACAGGUGGAAGAAGCAGUCCGCGAGUCCGGCAAACGACUAGUCAUAGUGCUUAACAAGGCAGACUUGGUACCUCGGGAGAACCUCACAGCAUGGCUGAAGUAUCUCAGAAGAUUUGCCCCAGCAGUACCGUUUAAGGCUUCCACUCAGGAUCAGCAACACAAUUUGGGAAGAAAGAAAAUGAAGCAUAUAGUUAAAGAAAAGGAAAUGAAGGGUUCAGCCUGUGUUGGUGCUGAAUUGUUAAUGAGUCUACUAGGAAACUACUGUCGCAACAAAGGCAUCAAGACGUCCAUAACAGUUGGUGUGGUCGGUCUACCUAACGUCGGAAAGAGUUCCAUAAUCAACAGUCUUAAUAGAUCUCGAGCUUGUAAUGUUGGAAGUACACCUGGUGUUACUAAACAAAUGCAAACAGUCCAACUAGACUCCAAAAUCAAAAUACUCGACAGUCCCGGUAUAGUCUUUCACUCUGGAUCAGAGACGGAUGCAACUGUCGCCUUAAAGAAUGCCAUCCGAGUUGGAGCUUUGAAAGACCCGGUGACACCGGCGAACGCUAUACUACAACGGGCGAACAAACAUACAUUGGUCGCAUUGUAUUGUAUACCGGAAUUUAGUACACCACAGGAAUUUUACGCGAGUCUAGCAUCGCGUAUGGGACGAUUCAAAAGGGGCGGAGUCCCAGACCAAGAGGCUGCAGCCAGGAUUCUUCUCAACGAUUGGAAUACGGGAAAGGUUCGCUACUUCACUGAGCCACCACAAAUCCUGGAUUCAGACGUACAUCUCGAUGCCAAGAUAGUUUCGACUCUUGCGCAGGAGUUUGACAUCAACUCUUUUGAAGCAAUGGAGACGGAAGCUAUUAACUCUUUGAAUGUGCAACCGACUGACGAUGCUAUUAAAAUAACAAGCACUGGCCCCGUAUCUGCACUAGACGAAAUGCAAGUCGACGACGACACAACCCUUUUACCCAAAUCGGUCAACAUCCGCCCGAAACUGGACAAAACAGACAAAAACGAACGCACCAAGAAGGACCCGGAAAUGUUAAUAGAGGGCAACACCAAGCAGAACAAGUUGAGGAAGAUGCAAUUCAAGAAGGACAAAAAGAAAAGAGUCAAGAGUGAGAAGAAAGCCGUUGAGUUGGCUGAUGUUUUGGAGAAUGUCACUCUGACUACAAUGAAGAACGAUGAUUAUAGUUUCAAAGAGGAUUUUCCUAUGUAG